CCGGUCGAGAGGAAGAGCCUUUCGUGAGCCGAGCGGAGUCGAGUCGAGGAGAUCGCGCGCCGAGGCGUAGUGCAUCCGUCGCUUUUCACCGUGGACGAACGUCGUCGGGGCCCGGCCGUCCGCACGCCGCCCAUGCAACGCCGGACAAAAUGCCGAUUACCUUGCGUACUCUGUGUUUCGUGACGGCGGUCUUAUGCAACGCACAGCGGAGUCUUGAGCAUGAAAUUCCGAGGAGGAGCUUCCUGUCACGCAGAGCGAUCGACGGAAGUAGAGGAAGGAAGUAUUUCGAUCCGAACGAGGAAGGCGCCUUCGACAGCUACGGCUCCGCGGGUGGCCAAUACGACCCGUACGAUCACGUGACGGAUCUCUCCGACAUCAGGAAAAAUGUGCCGGGCGAGCCAGGCGUCGACUAUCCCGCCUACUCGACAUUACCUCAGACAGGAUUCACGUGCGAAGGACGUUCGCGCGGCUACUACGCCGACGAGGCGGCCGGCUGCCAGGUGUUCCACGUGUGCCACGACGUGCUGGUGUCCUCGUUUCUCUGCCCGAUAGGCUCGACUUUCAGCCAGAAGCUGCUGACCUGCGACUGGUGGACCAAGGUCGACUGCUCCACCAGCAACCGAUACCUCGAGGUGAAUCGCAACAACUAUCAGGUCGACGACGACGAGAUGAUUCGCAACGCGUACGCGAUGAUCAGUCUGCAGGCCGCGGAGGACGUCACCAAGGACGGCUUGGUGGAUCCUGACAGCAGCGCCAGAAUCAUGGACUACUCCGCCUUGGGUGGGAGGACCGUCGGCUACACGCCCGGCUUCCGCAGGAUCACGGACUACCCGGCCGUUGACGCGACCGGCAACGACUUGCCGAGCGGCUUCGAGGACUAUCCGCAACGUGACGACCGGCAUGUUCUCCACUACAAUCGCUAUCAGGAGAAGGUGGCGAAGACGAGUUCGGCGUAUCAAGGCAAAUUCCACCUGGAAGACAAAGAACGUUCGCCUUAUCAUGCUUCUCCCAUAAUCCGACACGAUUAUCAGGGUCGGUCGACGGGCGACAACGGGUUCCAGGACGACUAUCGCGCUCCCGACGGCUUCACCAAUCGGCUACAGGCGUCCUACGCGCCUACUGUACCCACUGUCACCACCACCACCAGGAGAAUGUACUCGCCCACGGUCCCGACGACCUACCGGCCUUCGACGCUGGCUUACAGCAAGCUGGAUCUGCUAAUGGACAGCUCCGAUCAUCUAUACGCGCACAGUAAAAGCCUGGUGACACCUUCCACGGUUGUUCGUCAGAGCGAUGACUUGAAGAACGCCGACUCGGGGACGAGCGAGGUGUUGCGACGCUACGAUGAGCCGGGGAAAUCGGAGAGCCUCUCAUCGCCAAGGACAGGCGACGACGACCGGCAGGAUGACGAAGCGCGUCUCGACUUAAAGGGGAAACCGCGAGAGACGAGUUUCAGGAUCAACGUGACUGAUACGACCGAUGAGGAUAAGGUGAUCAGGCAGCAGAACGACAGACCUCUGAUGGAAAACGACGACGACGACGAGAGUGCGGAAGACAUCGAGACGAAGGACAGCAUCGGGAUCGCGCGAGCGCUCAGCAACCCGCGCGGGAAGAUCAUCGUGCAGAGUCAGGAUCCUGUGGCGCAGGUGUUGAAGAGCGAACAAGGUGCUCCGGCCACAUUUUCCCCGUCGCGGACCAACUCAAGUCGCUCUCCGGGAUCUUCGGAUGACGUGCACACUGUGAAGGAGCCGACGCAGACCCUGAAGAAGCCGAACGUCGCCGCAAUCAACGAAACUGACAGCGACGAUUCGACGGAGGACUACGAGGACGUGACGAACUCGACGACGAAGAGUUUCGAUGACAGGACGACUCUGCUGCUGACGAGACUGCAACGAGGAGACAACGACUCCUCGACAAUCUUGGUAACCGCGCAACCCGCGACGAGCACGACCGCGAGAAUCUCUCAACUGGCCAAUCACUCUUCAUCCAAUGAGAACCAGACGACCGUGGACCAAAACUUGUCGUCGUCGAGGUCAGUUUCCAGCUUCGACGACGAGCUCGCGGACCUCGAAGUUCCCCGGCCAGCGCUGUUCCUGCGGCCGCCGUUGCAGGGCUUCUUCAUCAACGUCCCCGAAGAGACGCGCUACGCUCCGAUCGACGGCAGUUUCGAGACCUCUUGGGGUCCAGUAACGACCACUUUAGGCACCAGCGAGUCGUCAGUGUACAACGAGAACGUCGACGAACAGCCGCUGAUCGAAUACGCGGACGAGGGUUUGCUGGCGACGACGCCCAACCUAGAAGUUUAUCCCGCCGAGCGACUGGUCAGCGACACGCCGACGCCCAUACCAUGGCUGGGCUCUUCGUGGCACGAGCGGACGGUCCUCAACAUCCCCAUGACUGACAUCGUGCCGCCAAUCGUGGAUUACAACGACAGCUUCGGGGACUUCGUCCCGCCCAACAGAGACGCGGACGAGCGCGUGGAGGCGCCAAGAACGCAGAACGUCCCUGAAAAUCCGAAGAACAACGACAGCGAGGCAGAAGUGUUGAACCGGUACAACACCGGCUUCCAGUUCACCAUCAGGGACGCCAUCAAGGCUCAGGUUGGGUCGAAACCAGACGUGAAAUCGCCGUGCUACUUUUCAGCGUCCGAUGAGCGAACAACGCACUGUGAGACGAGUUCCGCGGGCCCUCAAGCCGCACCUGCUGCUCCUAGUGUUGAAGAGAAAGCGAUUUCGAUUGGCGUUCAAGCGACCACGAGCGUUCCAGAACAGCCGAGACUUUUUGAGGGUGGAACGAGGUCGUCCAGAAAGCCGGUUACGCCCGUCCUCGAUAAGUCCCUACGGUUUUCGAGUGUUGCCAACGACAACGUUGGUAUAGAAGAAACGACGUUGAAGGCUGUCACACCAAGAGACGUGCUGCAGGCCAAGGAACCCGAAGAAGAACCUGAAGAGACCACGACGAGAGCUACGACGACGAGCAGUCUGCUGCAUCCAAUCCGUCCAGGAUCUUUGGAGCAGAUCGAGGAAGUGAUUGACCGACAAAAUUCUCCGUUCGAGGUGUCGCUGACGGUGAAGAAGGACGAAAACCUCGACACGACUUCCGACGACUUCAUCAGCCGAUUGGUCGCUCAGCAUCAGCAAUCAACUGGAGUUUUGAAGGAUCACCUGGGAGAUUUCGAGAUCAUCAAGUCAGUCGAGCCGGAGGACGAGGUUACCAGCAUCUCGCAAGCACCGGGAUCGCCCAGCCACGCUUUUCCAAGCGAAGACAAUGGCAGUUCCAAGGUCUCAUUGAGCAAGGCUCAGGCCGACCAGGCCGACCAGGCCAAAGACUCGAUGUCCAACGUGAGUAUGCUGAGCCUUCUUCAGCUCAUGGCGGAACUGUUGAAAUUGGACCGGCUGCCGCGGCCAUUUUCCGUGCAAGACCUACGCAAUGCCGAGCUGGAGCCUCCGACGGAGCUGGAACCGGACGAGGCACCGUUCGUCACGAUGAACCCGCUUCUUGAUCAGUCGCAAGGUAAAACACCCUUCCAAAGUGUCAUUUCGAAGGCUUCCGUCUUCGAUGUUUUAAACAUACCCUCCGACAUCGCCGAGCUGAAUACCUCGCCGACCGCGGGUCCAGUUCAGCAGUCUUUCGUCACGAUAAGCCCGCUGAUAGACCAGCCGCAGGUCAAGCCGUCAUUGAGGAAAACAAAUCCUACGACGUCUGCAUUCGACACCCUGACACUGGCCGCUGAUAAUUCGAGACCAUCGUUGCACCUGGGCAGGGAUAGAGCUUCGUCCGUCACAACGGGUAUAUCAGUAGACCAGUCGCAGAUCAAGACGCCGCUCAGGAAGGCGAGUCCCAAAGUUUCUCCCUUCGAUGAUGCCUUGAAGACGACUUCCAACAUCGCUUUCACGCAGUCGCCCGAGCUUUCCUCCCGAGGUAAUCCUGAGCAUGUGAUAGAGACGAAGACAGCCAGGUCGAGGCCGAGCGUCAAGGUCAACAGACCGUUCCAGAAACAAGAGAUCUUGGAACAAUUGACGGAGAACUUCGGCCAGCCUCUGUACCGCGGCGACUCGAUUCAGCGGUCGCUCAUCUUCGACCUGCCGCAAGUGCAGAGGAACUUGGACUUUGAGAGUGGUCUGCCGGUAGACGAGCGUGCGACUGACGAAGCCGAAGAAGACCCGGAGUCUUCUACAACGGGAACGACGUUACCGCCGACGUCGACGACGACGACGACAACGACGACGCAGAGGACGGUCACGAUGGCGGAGUCCGAGAGGACCAUCGUCGAGACCGAGUUCGUGCCUUCCAUAGGAUUUUCUUUUGAUACCAACGAAGGUCGCGAAGAGUAUGUUGAGGCAAUUCUCGGCGGAUUGAUCGACCAACAUACCGACGGGAACGAUCCUAGCGUCGCGCGAUUAACGCAUGAAGCUCCAAAGAACGAGACCCUGAGGACCGAGCGACACGACAGUCCAGAGGACGUUUGAGGAACCUUCGAGGGACGUCGAGUGUAAAACGUUAGGAACGUCUUUCGCGGAUUCUCAGGUUGCUUACAGAUGAACAGUCUCGCCGUUAUCGAUUAUAACGUAAACUUGUAGCAUCCAAACGUUCAGUCGCUAUCUAAUGUCGGCUCUACAUUCAAUGUCGUAAAAAGUAAUCAAUCGCAGUUGAUUGUUACAAGAAUAAUCGGCUAUAAUUGGCCAAUUCCUACGGAUUACGACACUUACGACAUCUAUCGUAGGGCCGGCAUAAAGAGAAUAGCGAGUUCAGCAAAUAUGCAUUUGCAAGGUUUAGCACAUCAAUGCUGAUCCACGAUAGAUGUAACAAGCUUGUAGCCUUUUGUCUCAAGGCCAAAGCUUUGAUGUUUAUUAUAAUUCGCGACUAAAUAAGUUUCGAGACUAAAGUCGUAAUUCUUACAAGCUUCAAACGAACUAGCAAAUUUAUAGCUGUCGGAGCGGCGUGAAAAAUGCUCCCUGUCAGAAAUUGUAGGACUGAAAGCUCAGCGCACCCAUCAUGGAUCAUGGACUUAACUUUUCGUUGCGAUAUUAAUAUCUCAAGAUACAUUAUACAGGCUGUCUGAGAUUUUUUGGAAACGAAAACUUGUGAAGAUUAAUCGGAUCAAACUGAGAAGAAAAAUCUCGUGUCAUUUUGCAAAAAUCAUUAGUUGUUAAGUUAUUAGUGAUUGAAAAUAACCACUAGGCUCUAAAGGCUUUUUUAAUUGAUAAAUUGUGUACUUAUCUGCAAAAUGGUAAAAGACCUUUUUGUUCAGAAUAACCUAAUCUACAAUUAUAUUACGGCUAUUGUGCCUAACGAUAGGUUCAAGAUUCAGAGUUCAAAGUUCAGUGUACUCAUAUCUAUCGCUAAACACAGUAGCCGUCAUAUAAUUGUAGGUUAGAUUAUUCUGAACAAAAAGUUCUUUACCAUUUUGCAAAUAAGUACGCAAAUUUGCAAAUUAUCAAUCAAAAGAGCCUGUAUGUGGUCAAUCCUUACAAACUUAAUAACUAUUGCGAUUUUUAUAAAAUGGUACUUUUCUUCUCAGUUUGAUUUGAUUAAUCUUUACAAUUUUUUGUUUCCUAAAGAUCCCGGACACUUCAUAUGCAGGGUGUUCACUCAAGUGGACACGUUGUGAGACGAAUCUCCCAAGGUGAAUGUGUAGAUAAGACUUUGCACGUAAAAUGAAUCUUAUUGGCGUUAUCAUCCUUCCGCUCGCGCGCGCGCAACGAUGGACUUCGAAAAAAAAUAUCUGGAUUUUUUUUCAUUCUUUCAGCGCUGGUCUUGCUCACGUGUGACAGGAGGUGGAGUAUGUAUGUAUAUAUAACAAACUGCGUAUGCGUCCGGUGUGUGUGCAAGAGAAAACGUAUAUAGCGUUACGAAUAUAUAUUUUGUCUAACCUCCAGAGUUUCAUAUUCUUCCCUUUGUCAGUUGUCUCUCUUUUCUUUUUCAAUAUAUCUAUCUCGUUGUACGAACCUCAACGAUGUGUAAUCGAUAAAUACUUGCUCAUCCUGUACACCCUCCUUCCACGGUUUAUUCACCAUGACGACGAUAACGAACGUCAAACUCGCUUACUCUUCAGUGUUGUUCGGCCAUUUCUCUAAGGCGACUCGAUCGAAUCUUGAACUGUGCUCUACCGAGAAGCAUUGCAUUGCGCUCGGAAGCUGAUUGAUCCGGAGACCGGCUGCUCACAGUGACGAUAUUUAUCCGUUCUUGAUCAAUUGUAAAUAAUCGCAAAGUUGUAUCGAUCUGAUGAGAAAAUAAACUCUUUUGAGAAAGUG